AGGAGCGACAGAGCCCGGAAACCGGAAGGGAAAAAGAAACUCCAAGUGAAACCCCGCCCUCAAAACCCUUCAAUUUCCACCCAAAACCCGCCCUGCUCGCCGUGGUGGCGUCACACGCUCCGCAGCUCAGUGCGACGUGUCCCUCGGCCGGCGGCAAUCAUGGAUCAGGUAAUGCAAUUUGUGGAACCCAGCCGUCAGUUUGUAAAAGAUUCCAUACGACUUGUUAAGAGAUGCACCAAGCCUGACAGGAAAGAGUUCCAGAAGAUUGCCAUGGCAACAGCAAUAGGCUUUGCGAUAAUGGGAUUUAUUGGUUUCUUUGUCAAAUUGAUCCAUAUCCCCAUCAACAAUAUAAUUGUAGGUGGCUGAAUAUUCAUCAUGAAGAAGACUGUUGUGACACCUGCUACAGUGAUUUCACAGCUUUAAUUUGUUUGAUAUUAAACAAGCUCAGUUUGCAUUUUCAAA